GCCUCGGUUAUCUCAUGCACCGCAGAAAGUAGCGCUCUGGUCUGCGGUAGCGCUCCCAAUCAUAGACACUAGAACUAGAAGGGACGUCGAGAGAGCAUCAAGUCCAGUCCCCGGCCCUCACGGCAGGACCAAGAAUAUGCCUCAGACAUAACAUCAGUGUACAAUAUGAUAGAAGUGGGGUUCCAGCCGAGGGGCAGUAGGAGAUGUACUGUAGUCUUUGGGACGUGCCAGAAGGAUGGCCACUGGUGGUAUUGUAAUUGUAGAAGGACCCCUUGUUCACUUUGAGGGCAUCCUCCUUGGGUAUUAUUGACUACUGGCUAGAAUCUGGCAAGAAGGGGAUUCCUUUAAACAUGUAUUAAGAGGGCUUUAUAAAUUGAAUUGUGAAAAUAUUAUGGUACUAGAAGAAGAUAAAAGUGUAGUCGCAUCAGAAUCCAAUGAUCCACACUCCAAGCCUGGUGCAAUGCAAGCAAAUGAGUUUGACUCAUCUGAUGAAGAGCCUAUUCAAGAUGAUCAGAUGCCAUUUCAGAUAUCAUGGUUAGCCCUGUCGUCUGUCAAUUGUUCUCAGUUUCUGGGAGUAUGUUCUCUGCCCGGUUGUAGAUUCAAGGAUGUUAGAAGAAAUCUUCAGAAAGAUAUAGAAGAAUUGAAGAGGCAUGGGAUACAAGAUAUAUUUGUGCUCUGUACCAAAGGAGAACUUUCAAAAUAUCGGGUGCCACUCUUACUAGACUCCUAUCAGCACCAUGGGAUUAUUGUGCAUCACCAUCCUAUUCCUGAUGGAGACACUCCUGACAUCACCAAAUGCUGUACUAUUCUGGAAGAACUAAAGGGCUGUCUGGAAACCAACAGGAAAACAUUAAUACACUGUUUUGGAGGACUUGGACGUUCAUGUCUCAUUGCAUGUCUUCUACUUCAAUUAUCUGAUGCAAUGGAACCUCAAGAGGCAAUAGAGACUCUCAGAGACUUACGAGGAUCUGGGGCAAUACAAACAAUAAAGCAAUACAACUAUCUCCAUGACUUUCGAGAGAACCUGGCUGCACAUCUGUCAACAAAAGAUGCAAUAUUAAGAUCAGUAUCACGAUAAACUAACACUGGCAUUAUAUCUGUUUUGUGUACAUACUGUACCUGAGUAUAAGUUCUUCACAAAAAGACAUCUCACACAUACAUGAGCUUUUAAUACCACUUCCUCAGUAACUGCUUCCAGUCAAGUAUUAUGCUAAGUAGGGAUGUAAGCGACCAGUCAAGUUGUCGACUACCCAAUAAGCCUAGGCU